GCGCUGCGGCGUCGGGGCCGUAUAAAAGGCGGCGUCGGGGCGGCGGCGGCGGCGGCGGCAGCGGCGGCAGGAUGACGGCGAACGGGACGGCGGAGCCGGUGCAGAUCCAGUUCGGGCUGAUCAACUGCAGCAACAAGUACCUGACGGCCGAGGCCUUCGGCUUCAAGGUGAACGCCUCGGCCGCCAGCAUGAAGAAGAAGCAGAUCUGGACGCUGGAGCAGGACGGCGAGGACUCCAGCGCCGUGCUCCUCAAGAGCCACCUGGGCCGCUACCUGGCGGCCGACAAGGACGGCCGGGUGAGCUGCGACAGCGAGGAGCCGGGCCCCGACUGCCGCUUCCUCGUGGUGGCCCACGGCGACGGGCGCUGGUCGCUGCAGUCCGAGCCGCACCGCCGCUUCUUCGGCGGCACCGAGGACCGCCUGUCGUGCUUCGCCCCCGCCGUCUCGGCGGCCGAGAAGUGGAGCGUGCACUUGGCCAUGCACCCGCAGGCCAACCUCUACAGCCUGGCCCGCAAGCGCUACGCCCACCUGGGGCCCCGCCGCGACGAGCUGGCCGUGGACCGCGACGUGCCGUGGGGCGUGGACGCGCUCAUCACCCUGCUCUUCGUGGAGCAGCGCUACAGCCUGCAGAGCUGCGACCACCGCCUGCUGCGCUGCGACGGCCGCCUCGUCCCCGCCGCCGAGCCCGGCACCGCCUUCACGCUGGAGUUCCGCUGCGGGAAGGUGGCUUUCCGCGACGGCGAGGGACGCUACCUCGCCCCGUCGGGGCCCAGCGGCACCCUGAAGGCGGGUAAGAGCAGCAAGGUGGGGAAGGACGAGCUCUUCGCCCUGGAGCAGAGCUGCCCGCAGGUCGUGCUGCGCGCCGGGAACGACCGCAACGUCUCCACCCGGCAAGGGAUGGACCUCUCGGCCAACCAAGACGAGGAGGGUGACCAGGAGACCUACCAGCUGGAGAUCAACAAGGACACCAAGAAAUGCGCCUUCAGGACCUACACGGGCAAGUACUGGACCCUCACCUCCAACGGGGGCAUCCAGUCCACCGCCUCCACAAAGAACGCGAGCUGCUAUUUCGACAUCGAGUGGUGCGACAAGCGCAUCACCCUGAAAGCCGCCAACGGCAAGUACGUGACGGCCAAGAAGAACGGGCAGCUGGCGGCCUCCAUGGAGACAGCGGGCGAGACGGAGCACUUCGUGAUGAAGCUGAUCAACAGGCCCAUCAUCGUCCUGCGCGGCGAGCACGGCUUCAUCGGCUGCCGGAAGGUGACCGGCACCCUGGACUCCAACCGCUCCUCCUACGACGUCUUCCAGCUGGAGUUCAACGACGGAGCCUACAACAUCAAAGAUGCCACCGGGAAGUACUGGAUGGUGGGGAGCGAGUCGUCCGUCACCAGCAGCAGCGACACGCCCGUGGACUUCUUUUUUGAGUUCUGCGACUAUAACAAAGUGGCCAUCAAAAUCAAUGGCAAAUACCUGAAGGGCGACCAUGCCGGGGUCCUCAAGGCAUCCGCCGACGCCAUUGACGCCUCCACCCUCUGGGAAUAUUAAUGCACUUUAGCGUACCUCCCUCCCAUUGCCAACUUUUCUUUCCCCUGUCUUUUUUUUUCCUUUUUUUUUUUUUUUUUUUUGGUUCGGUUUCGUUUUGUUUUGAAUUUCUCCUCUCCGUAAAAGGAUUUUCAGGCUGGCUUGCCCUCCCCUCCCGCCGUAGAGCCCAGCGCCUUGUGUCGGAGGUGGGUCCCCCCCCUUCAUCCCCGUGAGAACUGGAUAAGUCACCCGGCAGCGCGCGGCGCUGCCGCCUGCACCUGGAGGGCUGCUGAGGGCCCUUCCUCGCCCCGGCCCUGCUCAGCUCGGAGGCUGCUGUGCCCCGUCCUGGCCCCGAGCACCACCUCAGUAGUUUACUUUCCUCUCUGCAACUGGAAAAAAAAAAAGGGAACAAGGUCACCUCCGUGCUCUCCUCUGCAUUGCAGUGCCGGUGCCACCUUGCCCUGUGCUGCCAGGGUCCCCCGGUCCCGUCCGAUCCAAGCCAGCGGAGACCCCUCUGCUGUCCUGUCCCCAGCCGAGGCACGAGAGGUGACCUUACGUGCUGCAGUAGGGCCAGCGAGCUGAUCCCCUCCCCGGCUGUGCAGGUGGCCCACCUGGAAUCGAUUUUGGGGUGAUCCCCUCUGGAAAGCCCCGGCAAUUCAUCUCGCUGCCACCCUGCGCUCUUCUUCCUCCUCUUCCUCCUCCUUGGGGUCAUCCCUGCCCCUCGCGGUGCCCCUGCUGCCGAAGGAGCUGCAGUGCCUGGGAGGGGGCAGGGGUUGGGGUGGGGGCACGUGGAGCAAACCCACACCGGGGGGCUCCAGUGAUGCCCCCCAGGUCCCCAUCAGCGCGCGAGGCCGCGCUGGGCACAGCCUCCCCCGGGGGCCGGCUGGAGGCAAGAGCUGCAGAUUUCGGUUUACAGAAUAGAAAAGUUCCUUAGCAAACUUUGCACAGUGGUAUUUGCUCAGUACUUUUUCUUUCUUUCUUUUUUCUUUUUUUUCUUUUUUCCUCAUACAAAUACUGGAACAGCAAAGCGCACCCCUGGGUGCCCACCGCUGAUUUGGGAAGCGCCCCCGAGGAGGGGCAGCUCCUGGUCCACCAGCCCGCGGGGCACCUCGGCUUCGCCAGCAUGCCAUCUCGUCCUUACUGGAAGCAGAAAAGAAAAUAA